GUUCAAACUUGCCGUUGAAUGACCGUAGAACUGAUUUCAGAGAAUUAGAAAUGGUAGGAUCAAAUACCUUUGUGAAGGGUAAUCAAAGAAACGCCGCGAGAAGACUGUCCCUGCAUAAUCAGGGUUUGCCAGACAUGCAGUCCGAAUCAUUUAUGAACAGGGAUGCGGCAAGAAUAAAGAAAGUUCGAGAAACCAAUACUAUGGAAAAAACACCACAUAGAGAGUAUGUUCAUUCUUCAAUACAAACAAACACCUGGAUUUCCCCAAAUGAAAGACACCAUCAAAGUCGUAAUUCCUCACCUCAACGCGAUCAAUUGAUAUCGCCGACAAGGUUAUUGAGCGUUAGACCCUCUGAUGGUAAUCAGCAGCUUGAUCAGUCAUCAGUGUACUCCAGUAAUACAUUACCGGAAGUGUUCCACGAAUCCCCUGACAUGUUCAUAAAGGAUCAACCAUCCCAGUACAUGAAGCAAUCCCAGCGUACUGUAAAAACAGUCAAGUACAACGGGAAGCAAGGCGACGUUCGUUCCCGUAUACCGACCAGAGUAAUUCGUCAUUCAUCUUUUCCAGAAGAGCGACUUCACGAAUUACAACAUAUACAUUCUAUUCCGUUGCAGCGUAAUUUACUUCGAACAAGAAGUGACGGAAAUAAUCCAACAGCUGGCAUGAACGAUAAUAAAUUCAUUGAACAAAAGCGAUAUUUAGAUCGAGGUUCAAAUCAUCUCCCGUCAGAGGGCAAAUGGUCUACGUUCAGUAAAACAGGGAGAAAACGAUUAAUACAACCAGAUGAACGGAAAACACGUCCAACUGAUCCGCAAAUAAACACAAUUGUUGCUCAGGAAAGUCACCCUCAGAAUAGGCAACGGUCCUCGGGGCCAGGUCGUAGUACAACAUUCCAACAACCAAGUCAGCGUCGGUCAGAACGAUAUUUGAACAGUGUAAACCAGUAUGAACCUACGAUUACGCGAAUCGCAGAUACGUAUACAUUACAAAGAAUUCCUAAUUACCAUUCUCAAUCGCAAACGAAAGCGCAAAUACAGAACUCUCAAACACGACAGCAAUACGUUGAUCAGCAAUCUGCCCACUCUCCGGGAAACGCAAAGAACGUCCUCCAUUCGAAAAGUAGAAGCUUCAAUGAACCCUCCUUUAAGCUAAGUAGAAACCAAAAGCAUCAAGUCGACAACGUUGCCACUAAUCAGCAUUAUGAAUCACUACAUCCGGUCGGACAUUUCGGAAAUACGCCACCAAUAAACCACAGAGCCCCAAAUGUGCAGCAUCUGACUCGCAUUAAACAGGUUGAUAUACAUCCCACAGAAUCCAAACAGCCAACGACUAUGCGAGGCAGUUAUGAUCAAGCUACACCAACUUCUCGAACACGAGAGACCCACCGUAAUGGCAGAGUACAGAUCUUGGAAAGACUUGAUUCAUCGACAAAAACUAGCUCGAAUGUUAAUGAAAAAGGGGUGCUUAAUACAAACGCAGUUUAUAGAAGUAAAACAUUAGAUCAUGGAACAAUUGGAUCGUCCGGUACAUCGCGACCUGCUAUGGCAUUCCAUAAAACAUUGCAGGUCAUUAAAAAUACACCACAACCUCUGGAACAGGUUAUUAGCUCAGCUAAUACACAUCAAUCAGCAUUGCCUAUGCUAUCGGUAAAUAUGCAUCCAUCACGUAGACAGAGGCAAGAGUUAACUCGUCCAAUUCCUGCGAUAAAGUUAAUUUCAAAUGUUGAAGGUCAACGUGGUCAAACCAGCAUUAUGACAUCGGUACCAACUUCACGUGUGCAGCAACUAACCAAAACGUAUCAACCUAAGAUACCAGGACUUAAAUAUUUAUCUAAUGCUAACGACCAGUCGUAUAGUCGACAACAUAGUAACACAGUACACCCAGCUGUACCACCGAACGCACAGACAUUAAACGCAGAAUCGAUAAAUCGCAACAGCCAACGGACAAACAGCAAAGGACCUAGUUCGAAGUCAAUUAUACCAGCAAGAAAAAUAGAUACCCGCCUGUAUCAGUUAUACCAAACUCAUUCUCCGACGCAAAAUCAAGCUUCCUCGCAACAUAAACUGUUGUUAAGUAACAACCAACAACCUCAAGAAAUAUUGUUAUUACCAAGUAACCAACAAAAAAACCAACAAGCACAACAAAGUGGCACGUCUAUACAUCAUAACACAUGGGGGAUACCAGAGCAUUCUUCUAUGCCUCAACUACAGCUGCAGGGCCGUCAAAACCAACAAAACAUACAACCGUCGACGACAGUUCAACAGAAAAAGUCGCCACAGGCUUAUCAACAUAGGAGACAGUCUUCCCAAACAGCUCACCAACAUCAGUUACAAUCUCAGCAGAUACACCAACAUCACCACACACAGUCACCGCAGACAAGUCAACAACUCCAGAUGCAAUCCCUGCAGACGGGUCAACAGAAUCAGAUACUGCAUUCCCAAACAAUUCAAAACAGUUACUUUCAGCAACCCCCGACACGUCAACAAAAACAUGUUCAGCAUCCGCAAAUAGCACAGCAACAUCAUAUCGAGCUUCAACAGACAGCUCAACAACGUCAUAGGCAUUCUCCGCAGACAAAUAAACAAAAUCAGAUACCGCAUCAGCAAGCAACCAGAAACAAUCAUAUUAAGCAAUCACGGACACGUCAGCAUUACCAAAUACAACCUCCACAAACAGCACAGCAACAUCAAAUACAACCUCUACAAACAGCACAGCAACAUCAAAUACAACCUCCACAAACAACACAACACUAUCAAAUACAGCCUCCCCCGGUAAGUCAACAAUUCCAAAUACAGCCUCCGCAAACGGUAAAACAACAGAUCCAGCCUCCGCAGUCUAAUCAACAAUAUCAGAUACAACCUCAGCAAACAUCUCAACAACAGAUUCAGUCACUGCAGUCAAAUCAACAAUACCAUAUACAACAUCAGAAAACAUCGCAUCAACAGAUUUAUCCUCCUCAGCCAAGUCAACAGUUCCAGAUACAGCCUCCGCAGUCUAAUCAACAAUAUCAGAUACAACCUCAUCGAAAAUCUCAACAACAGAUUCAGCCACUGCAGUCAAAUCAAAAAUACCAGAUGCAGCCAGCACAUACAGUACAUCAUCAAAUACAGCCUCAGCAAUCAGCACAACAAAUACAGCCUUCUCAAACGGCACAACAACAAAUACAACCACAGCAAACAGCACAACAAAUACAUCCUCCUCAAACACCACAACAACAUAUACAGCCUCCUCAAACAGCACAGCAACAUCAAAUACAACCUCCACAAACAGCACAACAACAAAUACAGCCUCCCCAAACAGCACAACAUCAAAUCCAACCUCCACAAACAGCACAGCAGCAUCAACAACAACCUCCACAAACAGCACAGCAACAUCAAAUACUAAUUUCACAAACAGCACAGCAACACCAAAUACAACCUCCACAAACAGCACAGCAACAUCAACAACAACCUCCACAAGCAACACAGCAACAUCAAAUACUAAUUUCACAAACAGCACAGCAACAUCAAAUACAACCUCCACAAACAGCACAGCAACAUCAAAAACAACCUCCACAAGCAGCACAGCAACAUCAAAUACAACCGCAACAUCAAAUACAACCUCCACAAACAGCACAGCAACAUCAAAUACAACCUCUACAAACAGCACAGCAACAUCAAAUACAACCUCCACAAACAACACAACACUAUCAAAUACAGCCUCCCCCGGUAAGUCAACAAUUCCAAAUACAGCCUCCGCAAACGGUAAAACAACAGAUCCAGCCUCCGCAGUCUAAUCAACAAUAUCAGAUACAACCUCAGCAAACAUCUCAACAACAGAUUCAGUCACUGCAGUCAAAUCAACAAUACCAUAUACAACAUCAGAAAACAUCGCAUCAACAGAUUUAUCCUCCUCAGCCAAGUCAACAGUUCCAGAUACAGCCUCCGCAGUCUAAUCAACAAUAUCAGAUACAACCUCAUCGAAAAUCUCAACAACAGAUUCAGCCACUGCAGUCAAAUCAAAAAUACCAGAUGCAGCCAGCACAUACAGUACAUCAUCAAAUACAGCCUCAGCAAUCAGCACAACAAAUACAGCCUUCUCAAACGGCACAACAACAAAUACAACCACAGCAAACAGCACAACAAAUACAUCCUCCUCAAACACCACAACAACAUAUACAGCCUCCUCAAACAGCACAGCAACAUCAAAUACAACCUCCACAAACAGCACAACAACAUCAAAUACAACCUCCACAAACAGCACAACAACAUAUACAGCCUCCUCAAACAGCACAGCAACAUCAAAUACAACCUGCACAAACAGCACAACAACAUCAAAUACAACCUCCACAAACAGCACAACAACAUCAAAUACAACCUCCACAAACAGCACAACAACAAAUACAGCCUCCCGAAACAGCACAGCAACAUCAAAUACAACCUCCACAAACAGCACAACACUAUCAAAUACAGCCUCCCCCGGUAAGUCAACAAUUCCAAAUACAGCCUCCGCAAACGGUUAAACAACAGAUUCAGCCUCCGCAGUCUAAUCAACAAUAUCAGAUACAAUCUCAGCAAACAUCUCAACAAAAGAUGCACCCACUGCAGUCAAAUCAAAAAUAUCAGAUGCAGGCAGCACAAAUAGCACAUCAUCAAAUACAGCCUCCCCAACCGCGUCAACAAUAUCAAAAGCAGCCUUCGCAAACAUUACAACAUAUUCAGCAUCUUACAAACCAACGAUACCAGAUACAACCUCAACAAAGAGCCAAUAAACAAAAAAUACAGCCACAAAUUAAAAGUCUACAAUAUCAGAUGCGGCCUUCUCAAACAGCACAGCAACAAAUACAGCCUCCUCAAAAAGCACAACAACAAAUAAUUCCUCCUCAAACACCACAACAACAUACAGCCUCCUCCUCAAACAGCACAACAACAAAUAAAGCUUCCACAAACAGCACAACAACAAAUAAAGCCUCCUCAAACAGCACAACAACAAAUACAGCCUCCUCAAACACCACCACAACAUAUACAGUCACCGCAAACAGCACAACACCAAAUACAGCUUCCGCAAACAGGACAACAACAAAUACAGCCUCCGCAAACAGCACAACAACAAAUACAGCCUCAGCAAACAGCACAACAAAUACAUCUUUCUCAAACACCACAACAACAUAUACAGCCUCCUCAAACAGCACAACAACAUAAACAGCCUCCUCAACAACCACUACAACAAAUACAGCCACAGCAAACAGCA